UCAAAGGAUUAUUGUUAGCAUCGAAUGCAUUGUAAACUUUAAGAAUAAUAUUAUUUAAUUGUUUAAAAAAUAAAAUUGUAAAAAUCUGUGAACAUGGCAACAUUCCAUUGGCAAGAUAAUUUAAGUUCAACCGCAUUUACACCACGUGAUUUUCAAGUCGAAUUGCUGGCAGCUGCCAGUGAACGAAAUAUCAUUAUUUGUUUGGGUCAUAAUUCGUCAAAGGAGUUUAUUGCAUUGAAAUUAAUUUUAGAAAAAGCUCAUGAACUUCGUGGCCACCACAAUGGAAUAAAAAAAGUCACAUUAGUUUUAACAUCGACUUCAUCCGGUGGUGAAUCCAUAUACAAUCUAAUUUACCAUUUGACUGAUUUAAAAGUGCUCAAUGUAAACACAAUAUUGAAAGAGCAGUUAAAUUGGAAAGAGUAUUUACGUGAUUUUCAAGUCAUCAUAUUGGACAUUCCAAAGUGUUUAGAUGCUGUACGCAAUGGCGCCAUAAAUAUCAUCCAGAAUAUUAAUUUAAUUGUAAUUGAAGACUGCCACAAAAACUAUAACAAUGUGCAACUGCUAUUAUUGUUGGAAUAUGUUCGAAAUGAUAAGAAAAUGCCAAAAAUUCUGGGUUUGGCUGGUCCAUUGCAUAGUGCCGGCUGUUCAACCGAUCAGCUUCCAUUUCAUUUAGAAGUAUUAGAGAAAACCAUUCAAUGUAAAGCCGAAACUGCCAGUGAUAUCGUAACUGUUUUAAGAUACUGUACAAAGCCAACAGAACUAUUAAUUCAAUGUUUGCCUCCGCAAAAUAUGUCCAACUGUGAUGUAUCUGCAACCUUACGUGAUAUUAUACUAACCAAAAAGCAAUUUUUGCUCGAGCAUCGUUACGAUCCAUUGGAAAUUUACAGCGACGAAUUUGAAGACGAACUCAAACACAUUCCGGAUCCGAAAAAAGAGCCCAUCGAAUGUCUUGAUCAGUUUUUGGAUGUGUUGAAUGAAUUUGGACCAUGGUGCGCGGAUCGUGCGGCUAUCUACUUAAUUGCCAAAAUUGAAAAAUUGAAAAUUAAAACACCGUAUGAACGACAUUAUCUGUUGCUUUGUUUGGUAUCAACGACAUUGAUUCAAAUUCGUGCAUUUUGUGAAACGAUUUUUGAACGCAUUCCAAGUACCAAAGAGUGUCUGGAAACAUAUUCCAGUCCGAAGUCUUUGCGUCUAUUGGAAAUACUUCGACAGUUUAAAUCGGAAAAACCGCCAGAAGAACAAAAUGGUGUGAAAGCCAAAGUAAAUGCAAUAAAUACAGAAAAAAACACGACAAAAGUGAAUUCGGUUGAAAAUGAGUUAAUAAAAACCUCCGGUGAAACUGCCAAUGACGAAAUUAAAAAUGGCAUCGGACAAAGUUCGGAGAGCAAAAAUGAAAAGAUUGCUGUCGAGGAAUCUAGUACUCAGCCAAUCACUACAAGAACGUAUGUGCCACAUAGACGACCAAGAGGAAGCAAUUUUGUACGGUUGCGACGAAUAAUCAACUAUCAAUAUGAUCCAAAUGCUCUCUGUGGCUUAUUACUCUGUAAUUCUAUGUUCACCGCAAAAAUUCUAUUUAGUUUCAUCAGUGAAAUAUCAAGAAACGAUCCAGACCUCGAAUAUCUUUCAGUGCAAUAUACCGGCGAUCGUGUGGCCGAUCCAAUUACAGAAACAAAACAAUUCGAGAAUGAGCAUCGCAGGCAAGAAGAGGUACUCAAACGAUUUCGAAUGCAUACGUGCAAUCUGUUGAUUGGCACAUCAGUUUUAGAAGAAGGAAUUGAACUGCCCAGAUGUAAUUUGGUGAUCAGAUGGAACUUACCGACAACGUAUCGAAGUUAUGUUCAAUGUAAAGGAAGAGCUCGUGCUCAAAAGGCAUUCCACAUAAUUAUGGUGUCGACCAGCACAAUAUCACAUCAGAAUAAUUGUAAUGAAUUUGUUUCAAGUAAAAAUCAUAGGGCACUUUGUAUGCCGAACGAUGACGAAUUGAAACCAGCCAAAUGUUACGAUACUGGCGAACUAAGAAGGGCACUUGAUGAAAACAUGGACGAAACUAAAGACGAUGAAGUCGACACCAAAUCAGUUUCAAAGUGUUUCGAUGCAAUGCAGAAUGAGACUGAAAAUUUUGUAAAAUUACUAGCUCAAUAUAGGCAAAUCGAACAAAUUCUUUUGAAAAAUUGUAGCAAUCGAGAGCCAUCGCUAAAAGAACUCGCCGAUGCCGAUUUAUAUACAAACUUAAUUAAACCAUACAAACCGAUUCAAGGUGAUGACACACCAUUUGUAAAUUUGGCUAAUGCCGUCGUUCUAGUCAAUAAAUACUGUGCAAAACUACCAUCGGAUACAUUUACAAAGCUAACACCAUUGUGGCGUUGUUGCAAAACUUAUCGCGGAAAUAGAGAAUAUUACCAGUAUACUGUGAGGCUACCAAUUAAUUCGCCAGUUAAACAAGAUAUUUACGGUCUUCCAAUGCCAAGCAAAGUACUUGCGAGACGAAUGGCGGCAUUAAUUUGUUGUAGGAUCUUACAUCAAUCUGGUGAAUUUGAUGAUUUCUUACAACCAAUUGGUAAGGAAGGCUUUCGAGCAUCCGAACCGGAAUGGAAUAAUUUUGACCUUGAAAAGGAAGAUGCAGACAUCGUUAGUGAAAAUCUUGAUCCGCGACCCGGUACUACACGUCGACGUCAAUAUUACUACAAACGGAUUGCAUCUGCCCUAUCAAAUUGUCGGCCAGUCGUCGGCGUUGAAUGCAAGUUGUACUUCAUCAAAAUGGUUCUUGAGUGUCCGAUCCCAGAGGAGCAAAAUACGCGUGGCCGUCAGAUAUAUGCGCCUGAAGAUGCAGUUCAAGGAUUUGGCCUGUUAACUUUAAAGCACAUACCGAAGUUAGGUUCGUUCUCAAUAUUCACAAGAUCGGGUGAGGUGCGCGUAUCCCUCGAAUUGGCCACCAAUAACGUGAUCAUCGACGAGUACAAACUCACAAAAAUCAACGUAUUUUUAAAGUAUUUAUUCGCAAACGUUCUUCGCUUGCAAAAAUACUUGAUGUUUUUCGAUGCAAAUGCGACGGAAAAUAGUUUUUUCAUCGUGCCAACGAUACGAGAUGCGAAUAAUACGGUGGGUGUUGAUUGGUCAUUUUUGGAAUUGAUUGCGAAUAAAAGUGAUCAAAUGCCAAGAGAAGUGCCAGAAUUGAGCCGAAAGUCGCAAAAAUUUGAUCGUGAAAAAUUUUGCGAUGCUGUCGUUAUGCCAUGGUAUCGAAACCAAGACCAACCACAAUACUUUUAUGUGGCCGAAAUUUGUGAUUAUUUAUCGCCGGAGAGUUCAUUCCCCGGAGACAGCUAUGACACUUUUAAAGAAUACUAUUUUCGAAAGUACGAUAUUGUCAUACAAAAUUGUGCACAACCAUUACUUGAUGUGGAUCAUACGAGUGCACGAUUGAAUUUCCUUACGCCACGUUAUGUGAAUCGAAAAGGUGUUGCGCUACCAACCAGUUCCGAGGAAACGAAACGAGCAAAACGAGAAAAUCUUGAACAAAAACAAAUUUUGGUGCCCGAAUUAUGUACAAUACAUCCGUUUCCGGCGUCAUUGUGGCGAAUUGCGGUGUGCUUGCCAUGUGUUUUGUAUCGUAUUAAUGCGCUGUUACUUGCCGACGAGAUUCGUAUUGAAGUGGCCGAAGAUAUAAGUUUGGGAAAAAGUUGCAUAGUGGACGAAGAGUUCGAUUGGCCAGUGUUGGAUUUUGGCUGGAAAUUAGUUGACGUCCUAAGAAGAGCCAGGGAUAAUUCAAAAACCAAAGAAAUGAAAAAGACCAUUGAUGGAAUGAAAAAUAGAUCUGAAUCACUGUGUGAAGGUAAAACAGAAGAUAAAGCGGAAAUAUUGGAUACAAAGAAAGACAUAGACAUUGAUCUAUUGAAAGACGUCGAGAAAAAGUUGGAGGAUGAAUGCGUGAUGGAAAUUGGCACAUGGUCAAAUGCAAUGGCGGAAAAUAUCGACAUAAACUCCAGCGGAGACGAAUGGAAUGAUAUGCUACCGCCAAAUAUUAGCAUAUGUUCGAGAAAUAAACUGAAUACUCGGUAUGGUUCGCCAACGUCAUGGGAGCUCCCCAAAUCAAAGCAAACCAUAAAAACAAUUGGAUCAGAGUCAGAUCUAUCUUACUCCGACCAGUCGGAUGAUGAGUUCUUUUAUCAAAGUGACGACAGCGAUACUGACGACGACAACGAAGGCCUGAACAUUGAAUUCAAGUCAGACAAUUUGGCCGAAGCAAUCGAGACGGAAGAAGAUAUUUUAAGACGGCAACGAAAAAUUGAGAUCAUCAAUGGCAUCAAUGCAAAUGAGAAAUCAUAUCAAAGUACAAAGAACAUUGGCAGCGGCUAUGAUUGUUCAAUAAAUACAAAUGACUUACAAAUUCGAGCGUCAAUGAAAUGGCAUCAAAGCGAAUUUCGGCAAUCAGUUGGUGAAUUUGAGGAGAAAAUUCGAGCAUCCGGUACAUUGAUAAAAUACAAUGAACAAAUUGUCAUAUUGAGAGAUCCACCAAGUUCUUUGGUAAAAGACGACAGCGCGAACGAUUUUAAGCGUUUGGAAUUUCUAUUUUCGUUCAUUGAACCAUCCGUUUUAAAAAAGUUUAUCGAAGAUAGCUGUGACAUAGAUGAGACUGGUGCCAUCCGACUGUCCAUAGAUGACGUUUACAAUUUGCACAAAAUUUAUUUCGAUCGGUAUCCGAUUGAACGAUACAAAGUCGAAGGAGUUGGAAGUGUAUUUGAUGCAUUUUAUGAUCAAAAUUCAAUUCAAAUCGAAGGUGAUGGCACAAUCACGUAUAACUUGCAUCGAGACGAAUUUGUCAAAGACCGAACAAUAACUCGGGCUAAGAUUACUGAGGCCACUGAAAUAUGCAAUGUACCCGAUAUAGAAGCUGUUGAUGGAGAAGAGAGUUUUAGUUUCGAUAGGCAACCAAAUCUUAAUGAAAACCAUGGACCCAGUCCCAGUAUUAUCCUACAAGCGCUUACAAUGUCAAAUGCAAACGAUGGCAUCAAUUUGGAACGCUUGGAAACUAUCGGAGAUUCAUUUUUAAAAUAUGCCAUCACCACAUAUUUGUAUUGUACGUACGAAAAUGUGCAUGAAGGUAAACUGAGCCAUUUGAGAUCGAGACAAGUAUCAAAUUUGAAUUUGUAUCGCUUGGGAAGACGUAAAAUGCUGGGCGAACGAAUGAUUGCCACUAAAUUUGAACCACACGACAAUUGGUUACCACCAUGCUAUUAUGUACCAAAGGAUCUGGAAAAGGCACUUAUCGAAGCUAAAAUACCAGCUUGUUAUUGGGAGGAUGCAAGGCUUUUGGAUGUUAAGGAAUUGAGCGUGGAUGAAAUAUGCCAAGUGCUUAAGAAACGAAUAUUUGGCAACUCGGAAGGUUCGGACAAUGAAAACGACAAAGACUGCCAAACCAUAACCGACAAUGAAAGUGGUUCGUAUGAUGAUGCAAGCGACUCCGAAUCUGAUGAAAACAGCUUUGCAAUAAAUCGCGAUGAAUUUCCGUGUUUUAUACCAUAUAAUUUGGUGACCCAACAUAGUAUACCCGAUAAAUCAAUAGCCGACUGUGUCGAAGCAUUAAUUGGUGCCAAUUUAAUUGAAUGUGGUCCACGUGGGGCGCUGCUCUUCAUGGCAUGGUUGGGUAUUCGUGUAUUACCUUCGAAAGAAGUGAUAUUUGAUGACAAAAAUACAAAUAGUAUUCCUGGAAGUACAAAACCAUUCGAACGUGACGGAGUCAAAUAUCAGACAGUGUACGGAUAUUGGGCAGCUCCAAAAUCACCUUUAUUACACUUUUCACCAAAUCCGUAUGAGUCGCUUGAUUUACUGCUUGACGGUUAUUCAGACUUUGAGGCACAUCUUGGAUACUUUUUCAAGGAUCGAUCGUAUCUGCUGCAAGCCAUGACACAUGCGUCAUAUUCACAAAAUCGAUUGACCGAUUGUUAUCAGCGGCUUGAAUUUUUGGGUGAUGCAGUUCUUGAUUAUUUAAUCACUCGACAUUUAUAUGAAGAUCCAAGACAACAUUCGCCGGGUGCUCUGACAGACCUUCGUUCGGCUCUUGUCAAUAACACAAUUUUCGCAUCGCUGGCAGUCCGUCAUGGAUUUCAUAAAUAUUUUAAGCAUUUAUCGCCCGGUCUCAACGAUGUCAUUGAUCGCUUUGUUCGUAUUCAAGUCGAGAACGAUCACAGCAUAAGUGAAGAGUUUUAUCUAAUAUCGGAAGAAGAGUGUGAUGAAGCCGAAGAUGUGGAAGUGCCAAAGGCUUUGGGUGACAUAUUUGAAUCAGUGGCUGGUGCCAUAUUUUUAGAUUCAAAUAUGUCAUUGGACAUGGUGUGGAAGAUUUACAGUAAUAUGAUGCAGCCAGAAAUAGAUCAAUUCAGCAACUCAGUUCCAAAGUCUCCCAUACGUGAACUUCUGGAGCUUGAACCGGAAACUGCCAAAUUUGGAAAACCCGAGAAACUGGCAGACGGACGACGAGUGAGGGUUACGGUAGAUGUAUUUGGCAAAGGGACUUAUCGCGGAAUCGGACGAAACUAUCGUAUUGCCAAAUGUACCGCUGCCAAAUGUGCCUUACGGCAACUUAAAAAGCAGGGCUUGAUCAAUAAAAAGAAAUAAACGAAAAAAAAUACUUGAACAUUUGUAUAUAACAUUAAUAAUUUUUGCAUUUCUUAAAAACCAUUUUUUAUUUUAAUAAAUUUUGAUUCAAACAAUUCUAUUCAAGUAUAUAUUAUAUAUGUCACGUACAUGUGUAUUGUUCUGCUUCUGAAUAGACACACAAAGAAAAAUUGUAAAUGUAAUUAAAUGGCAUUUGGUUUAAUUUGAGGCUUGACGUCGUCAAGUUGAUGAGGAAAAUUUAUUGGCUCAUUUUUAUAUGGUUGCAAAACAAUUU